AUGUCAAAGGGUCAAUUCUAGAAGCGGAGCGCCGUAGUUCGUUCUCGUUCAGUUUCGGUUGUGUAUUGCUGUAAAUGUAUCUUCUACGUUAAAAAUCGUUUACAUUGAGAUUACUGCAAAUGGUGUAAUAAGCUAAUAAGUAUUUCAAAACCCAAUAACCAUGGUUGUUGGUAACACAAAAGUGGUCCAAGUGACCAAUAUAGCCCCCCAAGCUACCAAGGAUCAAAUGCAAACGCUUUUCGGCUAUUUGGGCAAAAUCGAAGACAUUCGUCUGUACCCUACAAUUCGAGAUGUCUCAUGUCCUGUGCAGUCUCGAAUUUGUUACGUUAAAUUUGUAGAUUCAGCCACAGUAGGUGUAGCCCAACACAUGACCAACACUGUAUUCAUUGAUAGAGCUCUGAUUGUAAUUCCUGUCAUAAAUGGAGAUAUUCCUGACGAGUACUAUGCCCUCGAGAUGACAAGAAAUGGUACAAUCGUUCCAGGCUUUAAUGUCAACGAACCUAAACUGCCCCCGCAUGUAAGUAAUUCGUUUCAAGGUACUGGCGAAGACAAAGUCGUGGUAACGACAGACCCACAUUUAAUUGACAACGGUCUGGCACCGUAUCCACCUCUACCAGCCAAGUACGACAGCAUUAAAGUGGAAGAAACCCGCCGAACUGUUCAACUUGUCAAUGUUGACCCCACUAUUCCAUCUGACGAAAUAAUCCAAUUUUUCACACAAGCUGGAGAAGUCAAAUAUGUGCGCACCUGUGACGUUCCGUCCGACAACGCCACACACAUUUUAAUCGAGUUCACAGAACAACCGAGCGUCGUAAACGCCCUAAAAUUAAAUGGAGAGGACUUCAAAGGAAAACCCUUGGAAAUCAUCCAUGCCAUUCAACCAAUCAUCAAACCUCAAGCGAAAAGCAAUGAAGCCGCCCAGAAGGAAAUAGAAGAAGCAAUGUCCAGAAUUAAAGAAGCGCAAAACAUGAUCAACGCAUCCAUAGAACCCGUCAUUGGAAUGCUGACCAAGGAUAAACGAAGUUCACGCAGAUCCAGGUCGAGAUCCAGAGGUAGAAGGCGUCGAUCGCGCUCGAGAUCCCUAUCACGUGGCUCUCGCAGCCGCCGCCGUCGCUCGACGUCACGGUCACGCAGAUCCAGAUCUCGCGAUCGUCGAAAACGCUCGAAAUCUAGAUCGAGGAAGCGGUCCAGGUCGCGUUCGAGGCGAUCACGCUCCAGAAGAUCCAGAUCUAGACGAUCGCGGUCUAAAUCGGCGUCGAAAACGAGGACUAGACACAGAUCCAAAGAAAGAGAAUCGAGAGAAUCGCGGGCUAGGUCUAGAGACAAAGAUAGCAAGACGAGAGAUCGUUCGAAGGAUCGCAAGCGAGAGAAGGACAGAAAGUCGAAGGAAAAAGAAGUCAGACGUUCAAAGGAGAAAGAGCCGAGUAAACCGAAGGAAAAACCGACUAGGGAGACGAAAGAUAAGAAGAGCGAUAAAGAAAGUAGUAUUGAAGCUGCAGCUGAAAAGAAGAGGUCGAGGUCGAGGUCGCGCAGUCGCAGGAGCAGGUCGCGGGAUCGGAAGAAGGAGAAGGAUAGGAAGAGAUCGAGGUCUAGGGGAAGGAAGAGGACACCGUCACCGAGGCCCUCUAGGAAAAGGAGUAGGUCCAGGAGUCGAGAUAGGGAUAGGAAAAGGGACAAAAAGGAUAGGAAAGAUAAAAGAGAGCGGUCGAGGUCAAGGUCGAAAAUUCCGAGAAAUUAUGAUGAAGAGGAAAAAGGCUUUGAUUCUGAAAAGGAGAAAUCGUCGGCUAGAGAACCAGAUUCUACCAACGAGAAGGAGUCAUCAGAAAAAUCUGAUAAUAUGGAUAUUUCUAAUUCACCAUAGCUUGAUGUAUAAUAUAUUAAUUCGUUUUUUCUCUAAAUGUAAAUUUAACAUAGUAUGUUAUAAUUUUACGUUUGUAUCUAUAGCUCUCAAUUAAUAAAUCGCUUCAAACUC